CCGCCCACCCCGCCCGCUGCGGCCCGGCCGGCGUCGCCCGCGGGCUUGGGGCGUGCGUGGCCGGGCGGUGACCCUGAGCGGGCUCCCGCCUUCCUUCCCGGCCUGGCUAGCCUGCCUCCUCCUCCAGGAAGCCCUCCUGGAAGCCGACCGGCGCAGAGGGGAACCCGAUCUUCUGAAGGCAGGAAAGGCGCCACCUUCUGGAUUCUUUCAAAAGUGCGGCCGGAGGGCGGCCCAGCACCGCACAAAACACUUCGCGGUUGUUGAUGUGAGGCGUUGGGGUCCGGGAGCCCAUGGUCGAGAAGGAAUACUUGAGAGGUGCCUGGCUGGCCCAGCGGGGAGAGCGUGUGGCCCCGGGGUGGUGAGUCCGAGCCCCGGGUUGGGUGUAGGGAUUACUUAAAUACGGUUUCAAAAACUUAAAAAAAAUUCUUUAGAUGUUUUUGGUGCAAAACCAGGCAGUUAUUAAAACACGGGGACAGGCGUCGUGGGCAGAAAGAGCUGUCCCGGGGCUGUGAGAAGUGACUGGUUACAUACUUUCAGGUUGGGAGGGGGUUAGGGACUGGGAAAGCCUCUAAGGACUUUGGAAGCAAGGUGUCCACGACCUUGAGGGGCCAGCUUGUUAGGAUAAGGCCAUUUACUCCUGUCUGGUAAACCCUUAGUCAUGAGACCCUUUAGAUGUCUAGCAGUGGGCCACGUGCUUGGGGGCUGGUGGCCAGCAUGUAUCUUGGGGGGAUAAAGGAAGGGAUUUUUACAGGAUCCUGGAGGUCAGGCUAAUGUCAAGCCAAGGUUGCCCUUUGCCUUUAGCACAUUGACAUCGAGGCAGCUGAGCUCCUCGGGAAGGUCGCUCUGCCUGUCUCAGGUACUUGUCAGUGGGCUGCAAAGGGACUUUAACCUUUUCUGUAUUUCUUCCACCUUUGUUUUCCACACCGGUGGUUUUCAUCACCCCCAUUUUACAGGUAGGGCCACUGAGGCUUGGGAAGGAGGGCGCUUGCUAGCCUGUGCAAAGUCAAGCCCAGCCUGCAAGCCUGGCCUUUCCGGGUCUUGUCCACGGUGGGUCCCCCGGGCGGAGGCUGCCACAGAGGCUAAUUUCAGGAAUCAGGAUCUUUAGUCCUGCCGGAGGCGCCAGGGGCCUGGGAGAGGUGACCUGUCGUUCCGCCAGGCGGGGGCGGAAUGUCCUUUGUCACCCAGCCUCCCCAACCCCCAGCCCCACACCAACCCAGGGUGUGGCAACGGCAGAGUGCUCCCGGUUCGCCCCUGCUCGGGAACCGCCCGUGCCCAUCCAGCAGGGGCAGCGGCCUCCACUUCCCCGUGAAGCCCACCCCUCUUGUUCACGCUCUGCCUGUGCAGCCCCCCUCCCCGCACCUUUCCAGGGGGAAAGCCCGCGUGACUCUUUCCCAGGCUCCCCAUCCUGCGGGGGGCCCAGCCCUGCUCAGGAGAGCUGGAGCCCUCUCCGUGGGAGAGACAUCCUCUUGCCCCACUGAGCCGGUGACAGGCCGCCUGCCGAAACCUCAGGAGCCAUUGUGUGUUUGUGCCUAGUCACGGGGUCUGCCUCUCGUCCCUGCUCUGUUCCUCCUGCAGCUGGUGUCCCAGAAAGGGAAGGCUCGUGGAGGACAGCCGCGGCGCCCUCGGAAGCCCCUGGCGCGAGGGGUGUGCUCCUUACUGCAGCACGUCCUGGUGAGCGCUGACCGUGCCACCUCCCUUCUUCCUGAUGUCACAGCCCUUCAUCUGGGGCCAGCCCAGGGUUCAUCUGUAGCAAGACGACUUCUCCUUCCUGCUUUCCUUCUCCUUUCGCCUGGAGGGCAGCAAGGAGCCGCUCAGGUGGGAGCAACGGGCCGAAAUGAUCAGAUCUGAUGGAAAGACCCCUCUUUCCAGGGCAGGGAGGACGGCUGAAGCAGACACCCUGAGCCCCAACCCAGACCAAGGAAGCUGAUGUCUUGCCUCUGGAAUGCUUUCAGGGCGGGGAGCUCACCCCCUCCCAAUACAGAUCGUUGCAUCGUCUGCCUUCAUCACGUGUUUUAGACGUUCUUGGCGUGACGUGGUGUCCAGAAUUUUCAUCAUCCUGGCAUGUUCCCCCAAGACACUUCAAAAUGUGCCAAAAUCCUUCUCAAAAUGUGGUCUUCGGAACAGAACCCGGUACCACGCCAGUAUAAGAAAACGGGGAAAGACUCACCUCCUCUCUUCUGGAUAUGAUACCUCUGUUAAUACAGCCUCAUCCUGCUGCAGCCCUUACAUGUAUCCAUCCCACAGCACAGAGCCCGAGGCCCUAUAUGCAGCAGGGGCUCAGCCAGUGCCUGGUGACUCACUGAUGUGAUCUGAGGUCCCAGGACUGAGCCCCAGAGAUGACGAGUGCCAGCCUCCUUCUGACCUGUCUCCAGGUUCCCUUUUCCGGAAAGGCCCAUUGCUAAAUUUCCAUUUGAACGCACUGGGACGUGCAUUUGGGUGAAUUUUCAGACCACCUUGGUGCCUGUGCUGACCCCAGGCCUUGGUGCGGUGGGCAAGGUGCAGGGGCGUGUCAGCCCGCAGGGCACAGUCUAGCCCGGGGGCAUAGGCCCGCCCUCCCCUGGCAGCUCCCUCUCCGGGGCUGGGUGAGGGGGUGCCGCAGCCUCACAGGGCCGACUUGGCAUUUUCUUGGGUGUCGUGGUUUGAAGGGCCCCGCCCAGCACACCUGUGGCCGGCCCGAUGCUUGCCCGGCGUCGGGGCUCCCGUCCCCUGCCACGGGGUGUAGGUGCCACCUGGGGGACCCAGGUUGGCCACGGGAAGGUGCCCAAUGGGGCCGUCAGUGCCAUCUGUGUGUGUUUUGGGUAGGGGGUGCCGAUGGCUGACCCCUGUGGGUGGACAGCUUCUGGGCAGAGCCCUGGGAAAGGUGGGGCGCUGCUGCCCUCCAGAGGCCAUCUUGGGUACUGCACCCACAGGCCCAGCCUGUAGGAAGGGGAGCUGGUGGUCCUUGGGCCUUGGUCCGGGGGGGGGGGGGAAGAGGGCCCGCGGGUGCCUGACCCCCACUCAGUGCUUUCCUAUAAAACACAUCUUCAGAACCCUGCUUGGUCAUUGCAGGGUUAAUCCCCACCCCAGCCCUUCCUGCCCAGUACCUACUUGGCCCCACCAGCAUCCCGAAUCUGGCUCUGUCCCCAAACUGGGGGGCUCUGGGGGGCAUCUCCUUGUCUCCAGCUGGCUCAGUGUGUGGUUGGGGCCAGGUGACCCGGAGCGAGUGGCUUGCCUUCCCCGGGCCCCUGCUGUCUCAGUCACAAGCUGGGGGUUAAAGAUGAUCGUCUAAGUAGUGUAGACCUGGUUCUCAGGAGGGGCCUGGAAGGGAGCGGCUCCGGGAUCAUAAGUGGGCAGAGAAGGACCCCAGGGCUGCCCGCAGGGGUGAGUCUCUUCAACUCUCUGCGCCCUGUGGCUGAGACCACGAGUGCCGGGGGCCAGGGGACACAGUGGCCGGGGACACAGUGGCCCUCCUUCCCCGCUUCGGGCCUCCGGGCUGGCCCCACCCCUGGCUGACAGAUGAAGGAUGCUUAUCUCAUGAAACCCCACGAGGCCCUCUGCAGGGCCCCCCAACGUCAAAAAUAAGGACCCCAGUGUUUGCUCCCCGAAGCUCGGGGCCUUUGCACAUGCCAUGGUUUCUGCCUGGGAUUCUCUUCCUCGGCAGUCUUCACGGAGCCGUCCCCCGAUCCUGCAUACCUUUGCCUCAAGCACACCUUCUCAACCAGGCCUUUGCUCACCACCCCACAGACGAAGGAAGGCACUCCUCACCAAACUCAUUACUCCUGGUUCCUUGAGAUGUAAGUAAGACAACGUCAGAGUAGAACAGGCCGGGCCCUAAAUCCAGUGCUCAGUGUCCUCAUACAAAGGGGGACAUUUAGACACAGAAUAGAGAAGGCCAAGGGAUGACAGAGGCGAGGGCUGAAGUGACGUGGUCACAGGCCAAGGGACACGAGGAUGGCUGGCAGCACCAGAGGCUGGAAGAGACGAGAAAGACCCUGCCCUGGAGCCCCCGGGGGCAGGCGUUCAGCCCUCCAGCCUCCAGACGUGACAGGACCCGCUUCUGUGGCUUAGAGCAGCCCAGGGAGCAGAUUCAGGCAGCCGUCUCCCUGUCUCCUCUGCCCUCCGGAGGCCACAGGCCGCCUCAGCUCCUACAGCCAGCGUCCCAGGCCUGGAGCUGCACAUCAGUGUGUGUGCCUUUGGAAGCCGGCGGGCAGCUGGGAAAGGCCUCGCUGAUCUCGGAGGACGCUGCGGCUGUGAGUGGGCCUGAGGACAGAGGCUCCUCUGUGCUGGAGACCGAACGUACUGACAACGGCCAGAUCGUACGUAAAGACAGGACUCUGAGCUCUGACCCGCAGUGUGAGAGAAAAACCCAGAAAGUCAAACAGGAACCCCUGGAACAAUGGGCCCAAAGGCGCCAGGACUCGAUCCAUCACCGGCGGCCUCCCUACGUUUUGUCCCCACCUCUGACUCUGGAGCAGCCGGAGGAGGCCGCGCGCGUCCCCAACCGAUCACGUGCGGUGCCUGCUUCUGGCCAGUGCCUCGACUCCCUGGUGCCAUCUGGGCUCAUCUGGAACUUUCCCUUUUUCCACCGGGAGGCUCCCCAGGCCCCUGCCGUCCUUCAAAUCGCCACCAAGUCCAGUGCUGUUGGCGGACCCCCUGCUGCACGGAGCUCUGAGUCACGUCCUCUGUCCUCUGACGGGCGGCCUUCCGUCGCUCCCAUGGCUUGUGCUUUCACUCACCAGUGGAUGGACACUCAGCUUCUUUCCAGUUUUGGGGCGAUUACAGAUAAGGCCACUGUGGACGUCGGCAUACGGAUCUUUGUGCAGAUGCUGGUUUCUCAGCUCACUCACUGUGUUCUAAAAGCAGGCUCUUGCUCUCUACAGGCUUCAAGGCUUCCCGGAACCUCCUGAUGGGCUCAGGAAUCGGAGGGCCACAAGCCAGGUCCCGGGACAGAAGAGGCAAGUCUGUCCUUUAGGGUUUUGGGUGGCUCCAGCCCCCCGCCGCGGGGCCUCGGCUGGUGCCCACGUCCCCCUUCUUGUAACCUUAGAAUUCUAUCCUCUUCUGCCCUGGACCCUGGAGCUGACUCUGACUUCCCUUUCCUGAAUCCAGAAUGAGCCGUGUGGAAGACGUUGCCGGCCACGGUGAGCACAGGUGCCUUUUCCUUCCCAGAGACUGCGAUCCCGGCUGGUGCCUGCAAGUCCCUUCCCACGCCAGAACCCCGCCCGGCUCCUCGGACCCCACGAAAGCCACCUUGCGUCGGGCCAUUUUGCCCCAAAUGAGGACACGUCUCGGUUUGGGGAAGACAUUCGCUGCCGCGAGAAAGAAGGUUAACGAUUCUCAAAAUAGCUUCUCUGCCAAGAAGCAACAGGCUCGCUUGGCCCCAGAUGAAUCUGAGGGCAAUUUCAAAAGCAUCUCUUUUCCCAGAAAACAGAUUCCUCAUUGACA